AUGUAUAAAAUUGUAAUAAUUUUAAUUAAAAUAAAUAUUAGUGAUGUGAAGACCGAUAAACAUAGAGAGAAUUAUCUUGGACAUUCGUUACAUGCACCAGUUGGAAGAUGGCAACAAGGCAAGGAUCUUACAUGGUAUGCUAAAGAAGGGAAAAAAGAUGAUUCACGUAUGGAAGAAAUCAGGGCAAUUAAAGAAGCUGAGGCUGAUGUUAUGGCCGAAUUAUUAGGAGGUGGUAAAAGAAGAGUAGUUACAGGGAAUGUUACUCAACAGGAACUCACUAAUGUUUUGAAAAGACAGCAAGAAGAUGAGGAAGGUGAUGAUCUUAAGGAAACUAUUCAAGAAGUAACUAAAGGAUUUAAGAGUUCGGGAAGAUUAUCAAUUAGUGAGAUGGUUCCAGACGAUACAAGAUUAGUUCCAGAAGAUAAAGGUAUUUCAACUACAAGUUGGAAUAGUAACAAUAUGGCGGAGAGUAUGCAAGUGUCAACGAUUCAAUUAGAAGAUAGGAAGAAAUCAAAGAAAAAAAACAAAGAAAAAAAACAAAGGAAAAAUAAGAAGGAUAAACACCAUGGUAGCAAGAAAAAGCACAGUAAACGAUCAAAGCGUGAUUUGAGUGUAUCCCCUUCAAAAUAUGAUGAUGCAAGCAAUGAAUCAAUUCGCGGACGAAGUCGUUAUCAUAAAAUAGAUGAUGAUCAUACAGGUAACCGAGAUCAUAGUGGAGAACCUAGACCAUACUCGUAUUCAAUUUCACCAAAACGCGAUAUGAGACGAUAUCGUUCUCGAUCUAACUCCCCAAAGAGAGAUAUACGGUACCGUUCACAUUCCAAAUCACCAAAGAGAGAUGCGUUACAGUAUCGAUCUCGUUCUAAAUCUCCAAAGAGAGAUGCGUUACCGCAUCGAUCUCGUUCUAAAUCUCCAAGAAGAGAUUCGUGGCAUAGAUCUCCGGUAAUACGGCAUCGCUCCCGUUCUCCAAGUAUAAGAUAUGCUCGUUCACGAUCUCGUAGUCGUCAUUCUCCAUAUUAUCAUAGUGAUGAUGAUAAACGUAAAUAUAAUGAGUUUAAAAGGUAUAGUUAUGGCAAAGGGAAUGAUAGAAGAGACCGUAAUUAUACCAGAAGAUCAAGAAACUAUUAA